UCCCACUGUCUUCUCUCCGAAGUUGGAUUUCCAUGGUUUCCCUCUCACCAUCUCCUCCUCGCCUCAGUCCUCACCCUUCGCCGCCUGUCUUCCGCGCGUCGCUAUCCUAGUCACCGCUAGUCAGUUUACGUCAGCCACCUCGACGCCAGUUCUCACCAGUUUUCGCCGCACCUAUCCUCCGUCUCGCACUCUCUUCCCUCCGCCCCUCCUCCUUCCGAAGCUCCUACUAUCCCGUCACUGGCAAUACGAUCGGCUGAACUUCUCGCUCUUUGUUCACUUCGUUUCAGCCGGCCUGAAAUUAAGCUUGCAUUUUGUUGCAAACUUCUCCAGCUAGCAAGAGUACACCGCAGUGGUGAGUGAGGAAUAACUGAACAAGUAGAAGAUGGGUUGGAACUACCCAGGAAUAUCUUUGGAGGAGAUGGUCAAGCUCAUAAAAGGGUUUGUAGAUAUAUUGCUUCUGGCAUCUGGGUAUCUGUCAACUGGGCUUUUAGCCGAUUGGGAUUCCCACAACAUAAAAAAAGCAUUUCAGUGGGCUUCCUUCUUUCAGAAUGUGCUUACUGAUAUGAGCAGCACUGACGAUUACCAAGAUUCUGUGAAGGAACUUAAAGCAGCUCUCUGUCACCUGAAAUCUGAUAUAUCUUUCCCUGAGGGUCUUGCAAGUAUAUCCUAUGCUUCCCUUCUGCAUGCUAAAGAUUUCGUCUUGGAACAUCUGUGCGGAUGCUUGCCGUUGAGGAACUUACAUCUCCGAGCUCUUCUAUUAGCAAUGGUUGAGGUGGAUCUGGAAAAGCUUCCUGGUGCGGAGCAUGACCGUCUCAAUGCAUAUCUGAACAAAUUACAGCUUCAGAAUGCUCUUGGCACCUCAAGCGCCCAGAUUUUGACCACUCCAACCACAAAGAUCAGAGAAUGUAGCAGCGGAGACUUGACAAACUUGACUAUUGAAGCUUGCCUUGCAAGGCAAUCUACUGUGUUAUCUAUCUCAAAAGUUGAGGAAGGAUUGGCUAUUCUAUCUGAUGCUUGUGGACUUAGUAGUCAGACUGAUUCCACCAGUCUGUUACUCGAGAAACAAAAGCAUAGCAGAGUCCAAAUGUCAAGUGGGAACAUGGAGCUCUUGGUCCGGUAUGACAAGAGGAAUGGUUGGAGAUCAAAGAAUCUUUCGUACUUUUUGCACAAAAGAACUAUUAGGAUGGUUGCAGGGGCCAGCAUAAUGCUUUCUCCCCCCAAGAAUCAAUGGGAAGAAGUCUUAAAACAGUUGAUUGCAUCUACACAUUGCAGGGAUAACUGGAUACACGAAACAAUAGAACUUCUAUUACUUGGGUGCGUAGCGAAUAAAUGGAGCCCGGUAGUCGAAUAUCUGAUGUCAUUUUCUUGUGACACAUUAACUGUCUUGAAGAUGUAUCAAGCGCUGUGCAACUUACUUCCUACGAUAAGCCAAGCUACCCAUUUCAAAGUUCAAGCAGCAAGUUCUAAGGAAACUGACAUUCUUGAAUAUGUGGUGGAUUUACUUGGUGAUCAUCUUCAACCAUUGUGGCAGUUGUCGCCAGUACUUGUAGCAGUGGGAAUUCCAUUCUGGUCACCUGUUUUCAGAUAUUAUCUAAGUGAGUUAGAGAUUCAACUCAAGGGAAAGUCGUCAACGAUGAGAUGCUGCAAUUGUGUUCAAGAAAUGAAGGAGCAUGAGGAAUGUAAGUUCUCUUUUCUGCCUUCUUUCUUCAUUGAUGAACACUUGGAUUUCUAGUUCAAGUUUAUAAUCGCAACCUACUGUAUUUGUCAUGAUGGUCGAGCUUUUGCUGCGCUCCUAUGACCUGCAACAUGGGGAUGAGCUCAGGUUUAAGUUGUCUCCUCUCCUUUGAUCGAACCUUAGGUGAACUAGCGGAGAGAAUCUGGUGCCUCUACAUAUGUCAUAUUGGUGGAUCUCAUGUACUCUAUGGUGCAAAAUUACCUACUCCACUGGAAAGCUGACCCCCAGUAAGAACCUCUCUGCUGAACUGUACUAGGAAUCAUUAGAGUCUUGAGGUUUAUCUCCUGACAUUAAACUUGCUUUGUUAUUGUGCUCCUUUCAUUUUCCAAUCCAACUUCCCCACAACACCAAAAAGGAAAAGUAAAAGAAAUAGCAGAUAAUAAAGAGAUGUAAAUUUGGUUCUGUUUUGUCUGCAGAAUUUAUUUAAAAGCAGAGCCAACUGUAAAAUAUUAGAUUCAUCAGUUUGCUUUGUCUACUGAGGAUUCUUCUUCAGCCAUGUCUUGCAAGUUUGGUAUUAAGUUCCAACCGUUUUCUCCUAUUUGCUUCUUGAUCUGAUAAUCCCAUGAGCCAUACAGAAUGCGCGAACUGAUCGCUAGUUUCUGGCUUCUGGGAGCUCCAUUUUAUCUUACUGGCUGCAUGUGUAUUUUUUCUCCUGGUGGCCCUCUUAUCCCUAUGACUUCCAUCUUUCAAAUACACCAAUUUCGUUUGCCGCAGGACCAUAGUCAGUAGCAUUUCCUACUACACACUUUACAUACUACACAUGUUAGCAUUUGCUUUAACAUUCACGAAAGCACUUUGCUGACACUAAAUUUGGAUUCAUUACAUUUGGAUAUUGUGGUCCCAUUAGGAUAAGGGAGCUAGUCGGUAGCACUUGCCUACUACACACUUCACAUGGUAUACGUGUAAGCAUUUGCAUUUUAACAUUCACGAAAGCACUUUGCUGACACUAAAUUUGGAUAUUGUGGCUCCGUUAUGAUAAGGGAUCUUUCAUUCUUUUUGGUCAAGAAUGUGUAUGAGCAAACCCAAUCCAACCUGGUUUUGCCUUUCAAACUUUAAGUGAAUCGCAAGGGAAAUCAAACUACAGGAUAGUCAUAGACAGAUUCUAAUUACAUUUUUCUUUUGCAUAGCAUGUUUGGCCCCAGUGGAAAGUUCCCAUUUCCCAGUCAUCACUGACCUCUUUUGCAUAACAUGUUGUUUGGCCUCUCCCUCCCACUCCCAGUAAAGGGAUUUUGACAUCUAUUUAAGGAUCAACAUUUCAUGGUCAUUGGUACGAGUGAGUGCAUAUGAUACUAAGAAAGCUCAACAUCUAGUUUCAUUUUACGAACACUCCCUAUUUCUAUAUCUCCUGCUUCUUGUGUUUCAUUCAUUUGAUACCGAGGUCCAACUGUCCAGUGUAGAUCUUGCAGCAUAGUUUGACAUGAAGCUCCUGAACACCAAAAGCAUGAAAACAACCCAGUUCUUGAGAGGGGGGAAGAGAAUUCCGAGCUCAACUGCAUCAUCCGCUGCCAUGGUAGCCAUUGCUGAUAGGAAGAGAAAGGUUCCGUCGGGUAGCUGCAGAAAUAAGUCUUAUGUUCCUAAGCGAUGGGUUCACAAGUUGAGGGCGCAGUGGAAGCAGACAAUAGGGUGGCAGAAGAGCAGCAGUUCUCAGUUCAGCUAUGACAUUUGUAGCUACUCUCUCAACUUUGACGAGGGUGGCUCUCUUGAUCAGGUCCUUAGAAGCCAUGUUUU